UAACUGCGCAGGAGCGUCGCGGGGACGUUCCCUGUUGCAAUGUUUGCAAGACGGGAUUGGUGUUUUAAGCUCUACCUGCUCACAGAGUUUACUACGCUUCACGGAUAUGAGCCAGAAACAUAUGCAGCUCUGUUUUGACUUUCCCCUCCUCUCUAUUGCUGAGACACGUUUAGUAGGCUGAUAUGUUAACGUCGCUGCCUGCAUUCGGCUCUAAUUGGAAGCACUCCUCUCGAGAUUAUGUGACAGCUUUCAGUGAUGCGAGAAUGAGCAUGUAUCUUGGAGAAUAAUGAAGACGGUCAGAGAAAAGUAAAGCAAGAAAUUUCCAGCAGCCAAACACGAUGGAUUACCGACAGAAAAGGAGGUUGACAUUCCUUACCAUAGGGCUGUUGUUUCUUCUCAGCGGGAUUGAAUAUGCUGUAAUAUUGCCCACAAUAUGGAUGUACUUGCAGACUUUGGAGGCAGCACCAUACUUUCUGGGUUUGGCCCUAUCAGCAUUCAGCCUCAGUGGCCUCCUGACAGGACCGCUGUUCGGCCACUGGUCUGACAGAACAGGGACCACCAAGAAGAUCAUCUUGUUUGCCAACCUUUUUGAGAUUGUCGGUAACUUCAUGUACUUUAUGGGUUUCUCCAAGUGGCUCUUAUUGUCAAGCAGACUGGUGGCAGGCAUUGGCAUGGGAGCUGGUUCUUCUAUCUUUGGCUUCCUGACCAGAAGCACAUCCCCAGACGACCGAGCCACAGUGUUUGCUGCUGUCAUGGCAUGUCGUCAAGCUGGCCUUCUGAUUGGUCCAGCAUUUAACAUCUUCCUGAGGUUGUGUGAUUUCCACUUGGGUCCUUUUGUGGUCAAUAAAUUUACUUCACCAGGGUUGUUCAUGUGCCUGCUCUGGACUCUCCUUCAACUGGCAGUGAUCUUCAUGUACUCGGACCUACCACCUCUAGAGAGAGGGAAGGCCAACGGGAAUUCAAUAAGCCACAACAGAGAGGAGGAGAGUGAGCAAGUGGAAGAGGAGAAUGAUGAGGAGAAGCCGCUCAUGGCAUCGCAGGAGUUGGGGGGGUCUUACGGCUCAGUGGUGUCAUCUAACCCCAUUUUAAACCACAUCUCUGAAGUUUCCAACCAUAUCUCUCCACCCCUGUCUCCUGAGCCAACCGAGUCCCAUGAAUCUUCCAGCCCCUUUAAGAACUUUAGCAUAUCCAGAGAGUUCCUGAGAGAGGAGGUGGUUGUGCUGCUGGCUGCUCAGUUCAUCACUCUCUUCAAUCAGACAGCGCUGGAGACCAUGGUGACUCCAAUGACACAGAGGUACUUUGGCUACGGGGAGCUGGAGAACAGCGUGAUGUACUGUCUCUGUGGCGUUGAGGUGAUCGCUGGAUUCCUGUUUGUGCGUUGGCUCAGCCAGCGGGUUGCUGAGCGAGUGAUCCUGGCCAUUGGUCUGAUCAUCUGUAACAUCUCUGGUGUCUGGUGCCUCAUCUUCUUGUCAAACCCAAUAGGUGGGUUUCCAUGGCAGCUGACUGAGUUCAUCAUUGGGGUGUUCUUGCAAGUUUUAGGUUUGCCAUUUGUAGCUGUGGCUCAAGUUUCCCUCUUCUCCAAAGUUACUGCAGAGAAAACACAAGGUUUCAGUCAGGGUGUGCGUCGCUCAGUGGGUGGUCUGGCCACCAUCCUGGGCCCUCUGUGGGCUGGUGGCCUCACUGAGAACAUGUAUAUCAUGAUGGGAGUGAUGAUGGCACUGCUGGCCAUACUAACGUUGAUGAUGGCUUUUUCAUAUGACCGGCUAGUUGCACCCACUACAGAGGUGCACGAGGAAGAACCGGAGAACUGUGACCAACCAGCAGACACUUGAUGCAGUAUAAGAGAGAAUAUGGAAGUGCAUGGUGGGAAAUUCCCUGUCUGCCCCUGACAAUCCAUCCACUCUAGUCUUUCUGCGUUGGACCCAGCAUGCAGGGUGACAACACACUCCAACAGCUCACACCUCACCGUCUCCUGAGUGCUUACUGAAGCUUGGACCCGUCAGCUUUUGGUUGCAAAGGCCGAUCAAAGGCAAAGUACUGAAAUGGUGUAAAUGUAUAUUUCCCAUGGAAAUAUAGAAUCCUGCUAACACAGCAUGGGCAGGCUUUGGAUGAAGAUAGUCAUCAUCCCUCUGUGUGCUACUCUGAGUGUUUGGUAGUUCAUCACACAUUUUGACUGUGUUUCUGCUCAUGCAAUACUCAUACUGCAAUAAGAGAAGAGUUCUGUUUUAGAACUUUCCAAAUGGUUGUGAAUUCAUCUGACCUGUGUCCUUGUGCUGUAGGACAAUAAAUAAUAUAUUCAGUUUUCAUGCGUGAUUUAUAUUUUAUUGGGAAGAGGUAUUGAAAAUAUUCAUUAUCCCACUUUAAAUACAAACUGUUUAAAUUUUCCAAAGAAAUGUUGUCUUUCAUACGUUUUGUUUGCAGCUAAAAGCAUUAUGGAGCAUUAAAAGUGAAAUACUCAAAGUCUA